ACAACAAACACAGGAAGCGAAGUAUACCGGAUGUUGUUUUCUGUCAUCACCAAAAUUUUGACAUUCGUUAUACUUUUAUUCCCCUGUAAGAACAUAAGACUAUCAUAAACGAUAAACGUACACCCUUAAAGAAAACAUAGAUAAAUGGUUUUAUAAAUUAAAAUCUGCCGAUAGGAAAAUGUCGGUAAACUGAAAGAGAGUGGGUUAUCCAAGUGAAAAUUAUGAGUUCAACAAAUGAGCAAGGCCUUCAAAACAAAACAGAUACUCCAAGUGGAGAGGAACUCUCUUCAGAGCUGUUAGCAGAAUUUCAUGAAGCCAACAGAGAUAAUGAACUAUUUGCCAGUACUGAAGAUCCAGAGUUUGAGUUUGAUGAAAGUGGCUUACAGCUAGCAUCUAAAGAAGCUGAGUUAGAUCUAGAAGCAGAAUUAGAAGGAAUAACAGAAGAUUAUAAUGUACCAAUGACAUCGUGGGAGGAAGAUUUGGCGAGAGAACAAGCCGGCGAGAUAGCCUUCAGAAGUGGAGCCAUUACACCAGAGGGCUUGAUAGAAGAUGAUUUUGAAAAGGAACUUGGAACACCCUCUGAUGCUGAGGACAAUGAUGAAUCAGAAUUCAGAGAUGUGGCACAGUAUAGGAUACUGGAAGUUGCUGGUGAUGAUACUUAUGGACGGAAAGUUAUAGUGGCUUCAGCCUGUAGACUUCCUCCAAGUUCACAGAUAAAUCAUGAACGACUUAUGGAAUACCUUAAAUACACCUUGGAUCAGUAUGUGGAGAACGAUUAUGUGAUAGUUUACUUCCACUACGGUCUGACAAGUAAAAACAAACCUAAAUUAGGCUGGAUGUUACAAAUGUACAGAGAACUUGAUAGAAAGUACAAGAAGAAUCUAAAAGCCUUAUAUCUAGUCCAUCCUACCAACUUUAUCAAGUUAUUACUCAAUAUAUUUAAACCAUUUAUAAGACAGGAACAUGGCAGUGCUAAGUUUGGAAGGAAGAUAAUGUAUGUAGAUUAUUUACACAAGUUAAAAGAACAUCUACAUUUUGAUCAGCUAGUCGUGCCAUCCUUAGUUUUAGAACAUGAUGCUAAGAUAUUGUCAGCACAGAAACCAUCUUAUCCUUACUCCUCAGAUGAAAGCGAGGCAGCAGUUCAUAAUCCAAAACAACAGUUUGGUGUUAAAUUACAACAAAUAUUACAGAAUUAUAAGUGUGUGAUACCUCCUGUGGUGGAAACUUGUGUGGAAUUCCUCAGGAAAAAUGCUUUAGAUGUGGAAGGAAUAUUCAGAAGAUCUGCCAAUGCAUCAGUUUUAAAAGAUGUACAAAAGAGAUUUAAUCAAGGAGAAACUGUUGACUUUGAUGAAAUAAAUGAUGUACACAUUCCUGCAGUAACACUGAAAACAUUCCUCAGAGAUUUACAAGAACCAAUAUUGACCUUUGACCUGUACCAACCAGUAGUCAGGUUACACACAUUAGAAGAAGACAGACAGUUGAUAGAGGUACAGAGAUUAUUUAGAGAGGAGCUACCAAAGGAAAACUACAUUAUACUGAAGUAUAUUAUACACUUCCUCACACAGGUUUCGCAGUACUCAGACUCUAACAAGAUGAAUACUGUCAACCUAGCUAUAGUGUUUGGACCAAACCUUCUGUGGCCAAAAGGACAAGCUAACCUUAGUACUAUAGGACACCUUAAUAGCUUUGCAGCUUAUCUAAUUGACAAUUACACACAGCUUUUUGUCAGAUAACAGUUAUGUCCCCUUAUAAUAAGUUAUCUCCCCUUGUUAAUGGUUUUUACACUGUAUUUUGUUAGCUGCAAUAUUUUUAUUUGUUAUAAAUGAGGUUUAUGUUUUCAGAAUGCUUGUUUGUGUAGGACAGAAUUAUAUGAAGGGACAGUCUAGUUUGUGUAGGACAGAAUUAUAUGAAGGGACAGUCUAUUGUUUGGUUAGAGAAUGACAUGAAGGGUCAAGGGUCAGUCUAUUAUUUGGUUAGACAAUGACAUGAAGGGUCAAGGGUCAUACUAAUGUUGGAUUAGAUUUCACUGGAGUAAAUGUUGAGAAUAACGAAUGGAUUUCUUAAGAGGAAAUUUGUUAUACUGGAGCUUUAUGUUUCAGUUUGAACAGAUGACCUAACAAUAAGUGUAUCCUGCAGCUUUGUUUUUAUUAAAGAGUCACUCAUAUUGUAUAUGUUCACUGGACAUCAAUACAGGUAAAAAAUAUUCAUUGCCUGUGUUUUCAGACUAUAAUUGAAAGAUGAACAGAACACCAUUUGUAUAGAUAUAUUUUUAUACAAAUACAUAGAUUUUUGGGGGUCCUUUUGGUAUCUGUACAUUUAUGUUGUUGGAUUACACAUCUCCAUAAAAGCAUAAAAAUAAAAAAAAUAAAAAUCCAUUUUAACAAGAAAUUAUUAUCAACAGGGGAUUGAUUUCAACUGUAUUGACACUCAAAUUUGGACAUUGGCAGAUAUCCUUACUUAUUUUUAAAAUUUCAUGGUUAUAUUGAAAGUUAUUUUUUUUUUUUUAAUUAUUUGUUAAGUUUCAUGUACAUGACAUACUUAAUGUAAGUCUAGGUGUUCUAUUAACAAAUGUUAACAUCUCACCCAAGAUCAAACAAAUGAGACUUAUGCCUCCCAAAAAGUCAGCUAUUACACAUGCAUGUAUUAUUUUACUCGUUUUGCCAAAAUAGUCCCAGCUUUUUCAUUUAACAAGUUAUGUUCAGUGCAUUUGUUAGUUACUUAUGUUCCUGCUGUUUAUAAGGUAACAUAAUAUUAAGAUAUUUUAUUUGUCAUAUCAACAUGUAAUAACCAUAUAUCUUAUAGAAUAUGAAAUUUAUUUCUGCUAGGCUUAGAUACAGGUACAAAUGCAAGGCUUAAAUUCAUUCUGCAAGGUUUUAAAAAAAAAAGUUGAAAUUUGAACUUUUAAAGCAAGAAAAAAAAUAUCUAUGAUUCAAAUUAGAAUAAAAUAAAAUUGUAAUGAAACAUUUUUAUCAUGUUGCCGACUCCAUCUGACUGCACAAAUCACAACAGGUUCAUCGUUGAAAAUUGUGUCCAACUUCAACCAAUGUCAAGAUUAUUAUGACUUAUAUAAAUAUUAGAUGUUAAAUCUAAACCUACAACAGUUUUCUUGUUUUCAUGUGUUCUCUGUGAUCUAUUUAUUCUGAGAAAUACUCGCUUGUGUGUUAUCAUAACACUAACCUAUUUACCUAUACUGAUUAACUUUGUCAAGAACACGCUCCACAAUUUCGAUCUCUUUUCAUUCAUAAUGGAUCAGAUAGUACUCUGUAUGUAAGAUUACUCUUUUAAAGGAUAACUUGAAUGGAGAUUCAAUUUCAUUCAAGAUUAAAAGUUCAAUGAUUUGAAAAGAGAAAAUAAAAGAUGAAGCUGGUUCAGAGAAGUACAAAUUUAUCUCUUCAACAAGUAAUAAAUCCACAUGUGUUAGGCCUACUUAGGGAAUCUUAGGCUAACUGAAGACAUCUUGUACCAAAAGGUUUAUGGUAAAUAGUUUUAGCUGCUUAAAUUUUGUAUGUGUUGAAAACCCCAUUUAUUUAUAAUGCUAAAUGUGUGCAAUAUUUAGAAGUAGUAGAUAAAUGAAUCUUCUGUUUGAUAUUAAAACUUAGAUUUCAUAUUUAGCUGUAGCUGAUGCUUGAUAUUUCCAUGUGUACAGGGUGUAUUGAAAUCUGUUUAAUUUGGUAACAGGGGCAUUUUCAGUUAUUAUAACUUCAAUACCAGCUUCCUGCUAGUCAUAUGAUUAUAGAAUAUUGUGGGAUCCAAUACUCUGUACAUUCCAACUGUUUACUGUAUUCAGUUUUAUAUAUGUAUUGGAAUUUUUUAAUGAUAUAAAACUAUUUUUUGUUAGUAACCCUCACAAUAAUAUAUGCAACAUUAGACUCAACAUGUCAUUUGAUUAAGUCUGGAACAUUAAGAAUUCCUUGAAUAAAAAAAAAACAGUCCUGAGAUAUUAAAGUAACCCUCUCCUAGAGUGAUAUAUUUGUUUGAAUGAACCAUAUAUUCUACUCCCAGGUUUUAUGUUACAUGUAAUUCUGAUUCCAAGGUUUUGUUAUUUGUAUAUUGUAUAUUGUCACAAAUAUAAUUUAUAUACUUUAUAAUUUAUAGGUUUGUUUUAUUCAUUAUCAAUUUGUGUAAAUCUUUUUCAAAGAUUCAUUCAGAUUAUAAUCUAUGGUUCAAAAUUGUAAAACUUAACAACUUGUUCAAUCAGUCAAAAUGUUUGUUUGUGAAAUGAUUUCCAACAGUCGAAUGAAUAUGAUGCUGUGUAAAUUGUUUAAGAGUUAAAAUAUUUUGUUUUUUUUUAAACCUUCAUAGGACUCAAAGCAAAGUCAUUAGUAGCAAUUAGGCUAUACCUGGUAUAGCAGAUACAUGGCAUUACUCGUUCUUAGACAGAAAUUAAUUUAAAAAAAGAAAUCACUGUAAAAAGGGAAAUGUCAAUUACAUAGUAUUUUUAUGUAGAAAAAAAAAUCAUACAUAAAUAUUUUGAACAUAUUUAGUCAGGUAACAUUACAUUAUAUUGUGAGACUUGCACGAUUCUGUGAAGUAACAUCACAUUAUAUUGUAACUAUUGAUAAUAACAUGAACAUUUCACCCAUUCAUUUACAUGUCUAUCAUUUGAAGAAAGUUUUUAAUUGAUAAAAAUAUGUUUAUAAUAUAGAAUUGUCAAGUUUAUCUUUAGAAUGUAAAAUCAGCUAUUAGUUUUACAGAUACACAACUUGGAAGUACAAAUGUAUUACAAAAUUAAAGAUGAUUUUAUUUGUUA